AUGUUAAGGAAAUAUAUAAUAUUAAUAUAUAUCGGUGUAAUUCUAAAUUUCAUAAAUAAAAAUAAUGUAGGGUCUGUUCCAGAGCCCUUUUCAUUAGAAAAUGAAGAUUCUAUAAAUGAAGGAAAAUAUACAUAUACGGAUAAUUUGCUUUGGGGGGAAUCAAAUAUAAAUACCCCUCAAACACUAUCACAAGAAAAUGAAGUACUAAGUAACGAAAUGAUAAAUGCAAUAAUAGAAUUGGAUUCUUAUUUUUCAGGUACCAUAAAUGAGGAAUUUCCUCAUAGUAUUCAAAUAACCAAUGAAGAAAAUAAAGAAGAUGAACCAAAUAAAGAAGAUGAACCAAAUAAAGAAGAUGAACUAAAUAAAGAAGAUGAACUAAAUAAAGAAGAUGAACUAAAUAAAGAAGAUGAACUAAAUAAAGAAGAUGAACUAAAUAAAGAAGAUGAACCAAAUAAAGAAGAUGAAC